AAACUCAAACUUCCAUCUUUAUUAAGCAAAGAAAGAAAGAUCGAAAUGGGUGCUCUGGAUCAUAUCUCUGAAAUCUUUGAUUUCUCUCACAGGAGUAAUAGUAAGAAGCUCAAGAAGAACAAGCAGUUGCAGACGGUGGAGAUAAAGGUGAGGAUAGACUGUGAAGGGUGUGAAAAGAAAGUGAAGAAAUCAGUAGAAGGGAUGAAGGGAGUGACGCAAGUGGAUGUGGAUCCGAAGCAGAACAAGCUGACGGUGAUUGGGUACGUGGAUCCAAAGAAGGUGUUGCACAGGGUUCAGCACCGGACCGGGAAGAAGGCGGAGUUCUGGCCUUACAUCCCAUACGAAAUGGUGGCCCAUCCAUACGCUCCAGGUGCGUACGAUAAGAAGGCCCCACCUGGGUACGUGCGCAACGUUCUUGUGGACCCAGAGUCCUCCCAUCUUGCACGUGCCAGUUCUCUGGAGCAGAAAUACGCUUCUGCCUUCAGCGACGAUAACCCCAACGCCUGUUCCGUCAUGUGACACACAGCCCACAUGCUUCUCUCUCUCUCUCUCUCUCUCUU